AGAUGACAUCGUCCCUAGUCCGAAAAGGACAGGCGAAGGGGAAAACAAUACAUACACUUUUAACACAACGGAACAUCAUGUAGAGAGAAGACAACAGCUAAAACGAGUGGUUAUUCGUCAAAUAACGAUGUCAUCUUGCAAAUUCGUGGAUAUCAGGAAGCAUGGCAUAAAAACGGGAACUCUGUGGUUGGGUUUGAGCGGUUGGAGAAGCGAGACAGAAGUUAUUAUUAGUUGUAGUUUAUUUGAAUAGUUUAUGCCUCUGGACUGGACCUGCAGAAAAUUUCAUAACUCAAAAGUGCAACAGGUUGGAAGAUGGUGUCGUGGAUUAUAUCUAGGGUCAUCGUUCUUUUGUUUGGAACGCUGUAUCCUGCGUACUGCUCUUUUAAAGCUGUCAAAUCCAAGAAUGUCAAAGAAUAUGUGCGAUGGAUGAUGUACUGGAUUGUGUUUGCUCUUUACACAGUGGUGGAGACCAUCACAGACCUUUCUAUGGCUUGGUUUCCAGUUUACUACGAAUUAAAAAUGGCUUUCGUCUUUUGGUUGCUGUCUCCCUACACCAGAGGAGCCAGUGUCCUCUACAGGAAGUUCCUACACCCUAUGCUGGCAUCCAAGGAGAGGGAGAUUGAUGAAUAUAUUGUCCAGGCCAGAGAGAAAAGUUAUGAAACCAUGGUGAAUUUCGGACGUCAGGGCCUCACGAUCGCAGCUGCUGCUGCUGUCUCCGCUGCUGUGAAGGGACAGGGUGCCAUCAGUGAGCGUCUGAGGAGUUUCAGUAUUCCAGACCUGACGCAGUUCCCUUCUGAACAAUCAGCAUAUGCCAACCCCCGCCAACGGGCCCUCCAGCCUGCUAGUGCUGCUGAUUCUGAGCCAUAUAAACAAGCAGGGGAGGGGCAUGAGGAGGAAACAGAUGGAGUACUCUCCGAAGACGAGGCGUCGGUGCAGAAGGGUCUGCGCAGAUCUCAGAGUGUGAAACUCACCCGUGCCAAAGCAGCACGCAAAGAGCCUCGCUAUGGCUCUCUGAAGCUGAAACCCAGAAGGCGGCAAUUGAUUACAUCAUCCACUUAUGACCAUCCUUGAUUGCCCAAUACAAACUCACAGAUGGGAUCGGCAUCAAAACCGCAGUCUAAUCUUCAGUUUAAAACUGUUCAAGUUUAAUCCAAAAUUUUGGAUUAAUGCUAAUGCUCUUUCAAAGCAGCACUUAACACAAAACUACAACUACAAAUGGACUUACAGCAUGAACAGUGACUUUUAUUCGUUUAGUAGAUGCUUCUUCCAAAGUGAUUUACAUAUGUAAAAUACUACAAUACGAAUGACAAUGAUGCAGAAUGAUGAAUAGAGAAUAUUGCAUGCGGCUUUAUUUGUUCAGAAAAAAUACCAAAGACUAAUAUGAGUACAAGAAGACUAAGAAUGUACUAAAAAUCUAAUUUAAAAGUGGAUCUGAGCACAUCUGAUCUGUAACUUGACCUGGACCUGCCUUUGUAGAGACAUCUCCGCUUACGCAAAGCGUAGAAGCACAGAUAUCCCUGGUGUCCUCGCAUUCCCUUUACAGGGGCAGAUGUCAAAGUCAAAGGUUUCUGUAGCGUGCGCCUUUCAGUCUGUUUUCACAGUAAUGAAAUGGAGCAGAAAAAAUACUGACUAAAAAAGGAGCAUGCAUGUUAGUGGGUUUUUGUGUAUGUAUAGGUGUUUCAGCUUGUUAAUGUUUACAUUUCCAUAGUUUGCCCAGAAUGAAAGUUCUGUCAUCGUUAUUUACCUUCAUGUCUUUUCAAAUCCAUAUUCAUUUCUUUUUUCACUGGAAUGCAAAGGCAUAUUUUUGAAGAAUAUGCUGUGUGCUCUUUUCUAUAUAAUUAAAGUAAAUAGGGUUUCAACCUGUCAAUCAAGCUCCAAAAUGACAAAUAAAGCAGCAUAAAAGUAUCAUAAAAGUAAUCCAUUUGACUACAUAUAUUAUAAUACUGGGCGAUAUACUAGUUCAAACAGUAAACCAGUUUAUAUUACGCACAAGGUGUGGAUAAAAAAAAUAAUAAUAAAAAAACGGCAUGUCGGUACAAGUGUAAACAGAGUUCUGAAUUGAAAGGAGAUCUCUGUUAAAGGAUUACUCCAGUUUUAAAAUAAGAAUUUUCUGAUAAUUUACUCAUUUCCGUGUCAUCCAAGAUGUUCAUGUUUUUCUUUCUUCAGUCGCACAGAAAUUAUUUUUUUUUAAGGAAAACAUUCCAUGACUUUUCUCCAUAUAGUGGACUUCAAUGGUGCUCAACGGAUUGAGGGUUAAAAAUGCAGUUUCUCCCAAGGAAUAAGGGUCUUAUCUAGCAAAACUAUCAGUUAUUUUCUAAAAAAAUUUGUCAGUUUAUAUACUUUUUACCUCAAAUGCUCCUCUUGUCUAGCUCUGCGAUGCACAUGCGUACUCUGUGCACGCCGGUUCAAUAUAGUUAGGGUAUGUCAAAAAACUCCCAUCUCAUUUUCUUCUCCAAAUCAUCCUACAUCGUUGCAGAAGUACCUACCCAGUGUUUACAAAGUGAACGUGCAAAGAUCAAACGCUCUUUACAAAAAAAGGUUAAACAGCAAUGUAGGACGAUUACAUCGCAGAGCUACACAAGACAACCAUUUGUGGUUAAAAAGUGUAUACAUUUAUUUAAGAAAAUGACCAAUCUUUUUUGCUAGAAAAGACACUUAUUCCUCGGUUAGGAUCAUUUAGAGCCCUUUGAAGCUGAAAACUGCAAUUUUAACCUUUAAUCUGCUGAGCACCAUUGAAGUCCAUUAUAUGGAGAAAAAUCCUGGAAUAUUUUCCUCAAAAAGAAAGACAUGAAUAUCUUGGAUGACAUGGGGGUGAGUACAUUAUCAGGAUUUUUUUUUCUUUAAGUGGAAUAAUCGUUUAAUAGCAUACACUUCUGACUAAUGUUUGGAGAACUAUUAAUAACACACCACUAAUUAUUUAAGUGGUCAAAUAAAUCAACUAUAAACGGCCAUUAACAGAAGCCAGAGACGAAGAGAAAACGAGAGCCAGAGAAGAGGAGAAAAUCCUAGCAGGCAGAUCAAAAUCCAUUCACAAUGCAUGAAAUAUUAGAUAAAAAUCCUAAAUAAUUUUUCUAGUAUCUAGUAUUAAUCUUACCUCCAUAUACUACAUAUUGAUAUAGUAUUUAAAAAUGCAGAGCUGUUUUGUUUACAUUAGUAUCCUAGAACUCUUUCUAUCGCUGCUGUUCCAUAAGCGCCACCUGCUGUCAAAGAGCGAAUUUGCGCCUCAUUUAGCCCGCCUGCUGUUUGUUUUGUGCAGAUGUUUUAUUACUUAGCAUAAUUUCACAAAGCUAAGGUCAGACCAUUCUGUUUUUGCUUUACAUUUUGAAACUAUACAAUCUAAUUUACAUUAAAAACUGCUCAUACUAUAAUGUAGCAUGUUUGUUUGGAUCGUGGUUCAAAUGCAGUGGUUCUGGAACUGUUGCAUGCAGUCUGAUUCACAUAAAGGCUCAGUCAAGCGCAAACCGUGAUAAACCAUAAAACCGCCAGAAUCUUUAAAAAACAUGAUACAGAUUUUUGGUCAAACUGCCCGGCACUAAUUAUACUACAUAAUCAUUUUUUCAAAGUUCUAAAUCAGGUUUUUUGGACUAAGUUUUAUCCUGUGUCAGAUGGGUUUGGAUUGACUACUGUAAAAUUCAGAAAGCUUUUUUUUUUUUUGUUAAGUUCAGUAUCAGUGUGAAGUUAACAGUUAUUUAUUCAUAAUCUUCCCUGAAAUUCUAAAAUAGACUACUAAAAUUUCAGAAACUGUAUGAAUUUUACACCAAACACCAUUACUUCAUUUUAGAACUACAGUAAAGGAAGAUUUUCAGUAAAUGUUAAUGUUCCAAAUAAGUCAUACAGGUUUGGAAUGACAUGAAAAUUAGAUUAGCACAUAAUUUUUUUUCCUGCAUUUCUGGGUGAACUAUUCCUUUAACUUUUAAUUCUGUCAUGGGAUUCUCUAACUGUAAUCAUAAAUUGUUGUUUUUAAGUAACAGUAUUUGUAAAAAUCAGUUUCCAAAUACAUUUCUUAAGUUUGAAUGUCUUAGGAUUGUGUUUUUUCAAAACAUUUUGUGCAAUCCGUUUUAGAGUGAUGUACGUUCAUUUUAAUCAUGUAUGUUUGUGUACUUAAUUUGUCAUUCUAAUGUUUUUCAGCCUAAUUUUAGUAACAAAAUGCACUAAUUAGCAUAACAUUUGACCAAAACACUCCAGCUUUAUCUUUGCAAAGCAUGACAAGAGAUUGAAUCUGACUAUUUGACAGAAGACAUUACUGUUUGUACUGUACAUUUGUAAACAGUGGGACGAUUUUUCCUUUUUUGAAUGUUUUGUGUUGGAGAGUUAAAUGUGUGGGAAAAGCCUGUAAGCAUUUGGUUUGUUAGUGUGAUUUGUUCGAUAGAUGAAACCUGUUGAUUAGCGAUAUGUAUACAGAUGUGUGACCAACAGCUGUUUUGAAUGUGUUAGGAUCUGAAUCUAAUCCAGGAAUAUUUAGAAAGGCCUGGAAAAGUCAUAAAAACGUGGAAAAUGUGAGGGAAAGGUGGAAAUUUGUUUUAUGAAAAUAUAUUUUUCUUGGUUUCUCUGCUUUAAGAUAUUUCAUGGGCUAGAUAUUGCUCUAUAUGAGUGCUGCAAAGUCGGAAUGAAACAUCAGUCUGUCUUUUGAGUGUCUCCUUGGAGACAAGACUAAUAAAACACUAAAUAUA